GUUGUUUGAUGUGUGUACAGUCUCUCGGACUGACAGAGAAACCAAACUCACUUUGGUCUUUGAGCAUGUGGAUCAGGACCUGACCACCUACUUGGAGAAGGCCCCUGACCCCGGGGUACCACCUGAGACCAUCAAGGAUAUGAUGUACCAGCUGCUCCAGGGGCUUGACUUCCUGCACUCCCACCGCGUGGUUCACCGUGACCUGAAGCCCCAGAAUAUCCUGGUCACCAGCGGAGGGCAGAUAAAACUGGCAGACUUCGGUCUAGCCCGCAUCUACAGCUUCCAGAUGGCGCUCACCUCUGUGGUGGUGACACUGUGGUACAGAGCCCCAGAGGUGCUGCUCCAGUCCAGUUACGCCACGCCAGUUGACCUGUGGAGUGUUGGCUGCAUCUUCGCUGAGAUGUUCAGGAGAAGACCGCUAUUUCAAGGGAAAUCAGAUGUUGACCAGCUGGGAAAGAUUUUUGAUGGUGUUGGGGUACCUUCAGCAGAAGACUGGCCCCAGGAAGUGGCCCUACCACAGAGUGCCUUCACCCCCCGGCCCCCAAAACCAAUAGAGAACUUGGUUCCAGACAUGGACGAGCAAGGACGGGCCCUCUUAAUGCAAUUCCUCGCCUUCAACCCCUCCAGGAGGAUAUCAGCCUUCGCUGCGCUGAGCCACCCCUACUUUCAAAGUGUGGACAGCCACAGUAGAAGUGUGUAUGCGGCCCAGCCCAUCCCCAGCAACAAGCCCACUAUAGAGGAGAGAACUGCCUGACCGCCCUCCUCCACCCUUAAGCAUCCCAUGCAGUGUCUUUAAAAAAGUAUUCUGCAUACCCCGCCUCGGUGUUGUUCAUGUUUUUUAUUGUUUACAGCAUUAAAUCAAAGUGUGUUGAUUAAGCUUUUUUGACACUAAUCCUCAGAUAACUGUAAAAUGUCAAAGUAAAAAUAAAUCUGUAGAAAUAGAUAUCAUUUCAGUACAAAUAUAGUGUUUACCACAUCCAGGCAAUAUUUUGUAGAGGCACCUGUGACAUAAUUUACAGCCUUGAGUCUAUGUGGUUAUAACUGCAUCAGCUUAGCAUGUUUGGAUCACAUUGCUACAGCAUUAUGCUACCAUCAUCAGGCAUUACAUACCAUUAAGUUUCUUGGUCAAAAAGCUUGAUUUUGGUGUCCUCCCACCAUGGAGCCUUCUUUGGCUCCCACAUGGCUUUGGGCAAAUGCAAGCUGAAAUGUCAUGAGAUCUUUAAACAGUGGCGUUCUCUUUGCCAGUUAGCGAUGAAGCUAGAAAUGCACCCAGGCAGCAGUAGCUGUGGGCUCAGUUAGGGAACCGGGUACCUCCUUCAUUGUCCAUAGACCUCUUAAUGGCCUUCCUCACUAUUUCCUUGAAGAUGCCUGGCUCUAGACAGACUUGUACUCAAUGCUCAGUGCCUUCAGAUUUGACCGGUAUCCUUCCACUGAUUGGUACUUUUCACUAACCUUGUUGUAGAUUGUUUUCGUGUUUCUGUUUUCAUAGUGUAGGUUAUGCCAGCUGUAGGACCCUGCAGAUGCCGGUGCAUUUAGCUUUUAAUCGCAUCUUGACUACACACAGGUGAUCGCCAUUCUAUGUAUUAUUCUAACAGGCUGCACUAGUGAUAAAUGAAAGGUGUCAUAGUUAAGAGGGGUGAUUCUUAGGUUGUCAUUUCAAUCCAUUUGUUUUCUCUUUGACUUUAAAGAGACAUUUUUCUGAAGAUCAAGUGUCGAAAAAGCUUCAUCAACUGCGAUUCCGUGUUGUACGUAAAAACAAAAACAUGAAACAGACACAUGGGGUUUUUUAUACUUUUUAUGGCCAUUGUACAAAGCUCCAAUAAAGUACUCCUAAAGAGAGGGUAAAAAUAGUGUCGAGACAGACGACACCAACGUUCUCGGCCCCUGAAAAAUGCACAAAAGCUAUCCUUCCUUCCAUGAACUGAUGGAUUGUAAAUGCUGCUUUUAGGUUGUUAAAUGUUGACGAUUGACUGAUAACAAUGCAAAAGAGACUUGCAUCUCAGAUUGAAUGGUAGUAGUGGGCAGGCAGACUGCAGAGGCCUUUUUUUGAGCCUCGCAAGAACCCUCAUUACUUUGGGGUGGACCAGACCCUACAGGAGCUCGGAUGGACAGCAUGGACCUCACCUGCCCUUUUGUGCUUACUGUGGGUGUGUGCAGUGAGCAGAUACACAGUACAAGCACGCUCACAGAUAUGUACAACAUUUAGUGUGUGCACUACCACUGACAUUUAGCCACGCUCAUGUACACACCUACUUAUUGAAACAUUACUAGGCAUCACAAGCCAGCCACUCACUGCCAUGUUGUGACUUAUCAUUCCAGUUCUACGUGUAUUAUAUUACUGCCACCUUGAGGAUGUCCUGAGUAACUGCAGACCAGUAGCGGGAUUCUAAUGGUUUCUGCACUCUUCAAGGAACUCAUCAUAAUGGGCUGAUAUUAGUGCUGAGACAAUGAUGAAAGAAAUGUUCCUGCCACUCAUUUUAUGACUUGCUUUUAGUCUACCAUCAUGGGCUUUUUAUCAUUUUAAGAUACAAUUAUUAUUUACUAUCCAAAUGACUCAGUAAUGCACAGGCUUGCAAUAGGUGGAGGAAGUUCCACCAGCACUAGUCAACAUGAAUACAUUUGGCACAGAAUAGUGUGGCCAAUAUUCUGUAUUUAAGUUUAAUUUUAUUGACAAGUCUUAUAUGCUUGUUUUUAUCAAGUUGUUACUUGAUUUUUUUUUUU